GAUGUCUUUUUCACCCACCCAGUUAAUUUACAGCCAGCAAUAUAAAAAUGAAACUGAAAGUUUUGUUAGCAUUUCUGAGAAAUGCCAAUUGCCUAUAAUCUAACUUUUCAUUCCCAGAGAAGAAACUAAGAGCACAAAAAAGGAGUGAAGAAAAUGCACAGGUCAGAAGAUGGACAAGGGGGAUAGAGGAGAAAUGAAGAGAAAAUGGCAAGAAAGACUGAAGAAAGUGGAAGAACUAGCAUCUCACUAUGCAAGAAAUCCUCUUCCUACAGUUUAUAGACCAAGACUGUCCAAACCCUCUAUGCCAUCCUCUGUUUGGAAAAUAUUUUCUCGACAGGCUGAAGCAUUUAAUUAUGUAAAAGCCUGUGAAGAGGAUGUUCAUGUAUUUGCUUUGGAAAAGAACACACGGAGUGGACAGAGGUUUUACCUUGUGACAACAUAUGAAGAGCUUUGGUUUUAUUACACUCAAGGUUGCAAAACAAGUCUUAUGCAUUGCUAUGAAGUAAUUCCUGAAAAAGAAGCUUGCAAACUUUAUUUUGAUUUGGAGUUUUACAAACCAGCAAAUCCUGAUGCAGAUGGCAAGAGUAUGGUCAUGAAGUUAAUUGAGCUUGUCAGCCAAAAAUUAAAAGAAUUUUAUGAUGUAAAUUGUUCAUCAGAAGAUGUCUUGAACUUGGAUUCCAGUACUGAUGAAAAAUUUAGUCGACACUUAAUUUUUCUGCCGCAAAAGACUGUGUUUAAGGAUAACACUCAUAUUGGUAAUUUUGUGAGAACCAUUUUGCAGCCUGCCAUAAGAUCAAUGCAGAGUAGGGCUGCUGUCAUUCCAACAGAAGAAGCAGAGAAUGUUUUCCAGUGUUCUGCAGGAGCUGGAUUAGAUAGUUCUCUUACAAACCUCCCAGCUGUUGAAGAUGAUUCUAAAGACAGGCCAGCCAUUGCUCAUGAAACAAAGGAUGUGGAAAUGCCAGACCGGGCAGAAAAUUUGGAUUUUUCCUUCCUAAUAGUAAAUGAUAAAGAAGGCAACAAGCAGCUUUUUGUGGAUCUAGGAGUUUAUACAAAGAAUAGAAAUUUCCGGAUGUAUAAGUCAUCAAAAGCAGGAAAAAAUGUGAUUCUGAAGAUAGCAGAGGAUAAUAAGUUUAUCCCCAACUGUGAAAAGGAUGUUUCCUUGGAAGAAGCAUAUUUUCUUUCCUCUUUAAUCUGCAACGUUGGAGCGAGUGAUGACAUAAAAGUUCUGUCAUCUGGCUUUUCAGAGGAGGAGAGAACAAUGUCUGCUUUUUUAAACAGUAAAACUACCAGAAGCAGCAGAGAUCCCAUGGAAGGUUACCAGGGUUCGCCAUAUCCAGAAAUUGAUAAUUUUGUUCGUUCCUUGGUUAAUAAAGAUGGGCUACAAGGAGGGAUAAGACAAUGGAGUUACUUCUCUCUCAAAGAACUACUUAUUUAUGAUAUUUCUGGUUACCGCUGGUGUGAAAAUAUUGGAAGAGCUCACAAAAGUAACAAUAUAAUGAUUCUGGUAGAUCUAAAGAAUGAAGUCUGGUAUCAAAAGUGUCACGAUCCUGUCUGCAGAGAACAAAACUUCAAAUCACAAAGUUUCCCAUUGCCGCCUGGGAUAUGCCUCCCUUCUCUUUUCAAAGAGGAAGAAGAGUCCAUGCUAAUGGAUGACAGGGGGCACACAGAAGGAAAAGUACAUCCACAUUCUCAUGUGUCAGACUUGUCAAAAAGCUCAGUAUCUCCAGAGACCAGCUGGUCUCAGGACUUCCUGUUGUCAGACAGUGAGUGGGAAAACACAAGUGAUGAUGCCUGUUUCCUAGAAGCUGUUGAAGAUGUGGAACUAGCUGAAGCUGCAGAUGACAGUCUGAAUUAUGGCAUGGAAGAAAUCCCAGAUGAAGUUCUUUUGGAAGCUUUAGGGAAAGAAGACCUCCACACUAAAGAAGGCAGCUAAGCACAGGCCUGGCCAGCAGUGAAUGACACUUGUG